AAUGAAAUGGGAAAAAAUAAAUCUGAGAAAAAAAUUGAUAAAAAAUCAGAGAAAACUACUAAAGAUCCGGACAAUAAAUUUAUUAAUCAAAUGAUCGAUGAAGAAAUUAAUAAUUUAACCAAAAAACCGGGUGCAAGUAGUUUGAAUGAUGACAAACCUGGAGCUAAAACUAAUUGUUCAUCAAAAAUGUCAACAACAAAAUCAGCUACAAAUGAUAAUAAUAAUGAAAAAAGUGAAACAUUUGUUAAUGAUUGUCUAUUGGCCGAUGGUAUUGCCAGGAGUAUCAGUCCAGCCCAACAACAACAACAAGAUACAGGUGCCGUACCUAAGCGGUUAUAUUCAUCGGCAGUGAUUAUCGGUUCGUCGACAACUAGUUAUAGGGGACAGUCGUCAUCGGCAACGACGGCAUUGAGUUGUUCAGUACAACAACAACAACAACGACCCCAAGAGUCAGCAAAAGUUUUUGGUAACAAUCAUAAUGAUGACUACCGUUCAACAACAACAUCAACAUCAUCAACAUAUGGCAAUACUAACACCAACUACAACAACAAACAUGAUUACAAUACCCGAUCCAAUACUAAUACUACUAAUAAUACUAAUUAUGAUAAUUAUAAGUCAAACAUACCAUACGGUGAGGAUGUGGCUAAAAACUAUGGACAACACAAUAAUACCAUUGAUGAUGAAAAUGACUAUCAAGUGCGAGAGGCAAUCAGGUUAAGCAAACUAGAAGAGGAGGAACGCCUAAAAAAAUUAGAACAUGAGCGCCGUCAACUAGUGGAGCUCCGGGAGCAACAAAAAUGGGACCUACGAGAGGCACUGGUCAAUAUAGUUACCGGCACCGAUAUGUCGCAACAAAAAUUAUUUGAUUUGAAAAGACUGCUAACAGACUAUGAACGAGACAGUGGACAGUCGAUAUACGAGUGCUAUCAAAUCAAACAGUUCAGGAACAGUACGGUCAAUGAUAUGUCAAAGCUGGUUCUAUGUGUUAUUAGAGGACUGGGAGGACAGGUAUCAAUGAAUGUGGUGGCCUCGUAUUUUGCCGAUCAUUUGGCCCGUAUUUGUUUGGAAUUUAAUCAUAGAAACUACUUGAAAUUGUAUGACCCAACUGUCCAUCGACGUGAUCCCGAAGCACAGAUGACUCACGAGGCACUGGACGAUAAACUAGUAUGUGUUCAUAUCAAAGGUGAUGGUAAUUGUUUGUGGUCUUCGGUUAGCACUUCUAUAUACGGUUCGGACGAAUAUAUGGAAUCCCUACGCCUGUUGACGGCAUCGACAUUAGUAGACUAUCGGUCAAGUUUUGAAAAGUCAUACAAAUCGGACAUACCCUACGAUGAACUUAUUGAAAAAGCUGUUACACUUCAGGAAUGGGGUCACGAGUUGCACAUACAGGCACUGUCGCUGGCACUGCACCGACCUAUCUAUAUGUACAGUUCAUUCGUAUCAUUGGUCGAACCUUAUCGCCAGACCUAUGAUCAGCUCCGGGAGUCGUAUGAGUCGAAGUUUAUUCACAAUCAUAUGAGGUUUUUGGCUGACGGUAGCUAUGAGGGUAAGGUACCAGUGCUGUUGUAUUAUAACGGUUUAGAUCACUACAGUGUAGUACUGCCUAAGCGUGUAGGUGUGCGCCCGUUGAAGCCGUACACCGAAAUGAUGGAACCCAUGUUUAACAAAAAAGUAAGCAUACCGGUGCCUGAGCCGACACCAAUUAAACAACAUAUUGAUAAAAGCGUUAAAAAUAACAAUAAUAAUAAUAAAAAUUUAAACAAAAAGAGUCAAGAAAUAGAUUUAAUUGAUUUAACUGCCAGCACUGGUAGCCGUAAGCCUAAUACUACUACUGAUGCUGUACUCGAAACUAAUUUGGAUAACUGUGCCGAUGAUGAUGAUAAUGGUUGUGGUUGUGGUGUGGAUGAUAAAAAUGACAAUAAAAAUAAAAUCUACAAUUAUAUUCAGGAAAAUCAUCUAGAUGAUAAUAGACUAGACAAUGAUAAUGGUGAUGAUGAUGAUGGUGAUAAUAAGGAUGAACCUGAAAUUGACCUGGAUCACAAAUUGGAACUGGAUAAAUUGAACAGACAAAUUGCCCAGUUACAAAAUGAACGAGAUAAAUUUGAAAAUGAUUUCAAUAUGUAUUACAAUCAAUAUACCAGGUCAUUGGAUGAAAAUACAAAAUUAUUGAAAAGUUUCAAUGAAUCGGAUGCCCGGCACCAGUUAGACAAACAGGAAUGGUAUCGAUCGGUAGCUGAGCUCCGGGAGAAAUAUGAGAUACUGGAGAACGAGUCCAAACUGGAUAAGGCUAUGAUCGAUGGUCUUAGGGGACAGUUAUUACAGCGUAUUGGUAUUGGUGUUGGUGGUGUACCGCCGGGAUUUGGUAGGGGAAGCAUGUUUAGACCUGGAACCGGUAUCCAAGCUCCUGGCCUUGGAUGGAGACUGGUUUCUAGUAACCAACAUAGAGAUGUCGAGUCGCUAAAUAACAAUCUGGAUAAGCUGUCUAAAAAUAGCCAACAUAUAGGCACUGGUAAUAAAUAUGAUGACCAACAUAAUUUAAUGACUGAUGAUGAGGAUAGUAAUAAUGGUGCCGACAAUGGUAGCAAAAAUAAUAAUAGUCAUAAAAAUGACACUGAUGAAAAAAUGGAUUGCGAUAAUUAUAUGUAA